AUGGGGGAUAAUACGAAAUUUAAGACAGCUUUUGAGGCUACUGUUUUAUUUCUGCGACCAAAAAAUCCGGGCCUUUCGCUUGUGGAAUCCCUAGUAAAGAGUCUACCGGAAAAUUAUGAAGUUAGUAGAAGUUCUAGGGAAAGGGUGAUACGGCGGAGCCUCGACCUGUUAGCAGAUAUCCACCAAGCUUUCAUUCAACCGGAUCAGCCCGAAGAACCUCUAGAUGGCCGGAACACGGGCCUCGAGGAUGCAAAGAGACGGCGAGUUCUCUAUGCUCUACUUGACCUUAUUUCUCUGGAAGGGAUUUAUCCGUCACUAUCACCAGGUGCUGGCAUCCCCUUAGAAAAAAGAGUGAUUUCUAGCCUUCCCACUGGUGUGGUGGCUAAGCAAGAUGGACCAGGAGCAAUGCCAUCUUCACAAGGGGAAGCCCUUCUUCUUCAUAUACUCAUGUCAUUGCGAGAAAUACUUCAAGAUAAUAACUCCUCAAUCCAAUCAAUCAUCCUGGGGAGACUGUUGUCGGACUUGGUCUCUGGAACCGCGGAACUUUCCUUCCAUUCCCAAUCUAUCUCUCAGCUGGAAGUUGAACGUUGUAGGGCCAUGUUCCUUGAGAUUACUAAAGAUACCCCCACCCCGAUUCUACUCCCAGUACUUACAUCAUUUCUACAGCCUACUUCUGCUCCCUGGCUUAAAGACCCGAUUUCAUCAGUUCUUUCAAAAAUACCCCUUCGCAAGGAAGGUGUUUUCCAAACAAUUACCUUUCUUGCGUCUCAGUUCUCUCCCGAGGCGCCCACGACACCCGAGUCUACUGGACCUCCCAUUACUGCACAGGCGAUUAUGCAAUCUUCGCGAAUUCUCUCAAGUAUACCUCGCGGGGUAUCGCCAGAAUACUUCCUUACCAAUGUUGGGCCUAAGCUCCUCUCCCUUUUAGAUGGAGACGAUAUGGAUCUAAGAAAGACAGCAUCGUAUAUCAUAGGAAAUGGCAUCUUGCCGAAACGCCCUAUUGGUGCUCCAGGUACUAUCGGCUUUACUAUAUUUAUCAAACCCAUCUUUGACGCAUUUCAUGGGAUUAUUGGAGAGUCAUCCACUCGGUGGCUCCGCAGGUUUAAUCGGGAUGGAUCACCAGUUAAUACCGUGGAAGCUAGCGGCAACCCGAAUAGUCCUACUCUGGCAGAUACACAUCAACUAUCUCUAUCUCUAGCCCGCUUGACAUCCUUGAUUGUGUUACACCCCAAUCCUGCUCUAGUAAAACGGUUAAUUGGACCUGUAAUGCUUCCGCUCUGGGGACUGCAUUGGUGCGCAGAGUCAAAAAACAAUAAAGAGUGUGCAGAGCAAACGUUUACCCUUCUACAGAAUUUUUUCAGCAUAUCUUCUGGGAAAUCGAGAUUUGAACGACUAAUCCGGAAUAUUAUGUGGGAUGGCGGGGAGACGUGGACUUACAAGCAUGACAUAAGCCGUGGAAUAUUUGUAGCAAAGCGUGAACAUUCAACUCCAGAGCGUUUUGAUAUCAUACAAAUGGUUGGGAAUAUCGACGAGCGGGUUGAUUUACUUUUAAAUUUUAUAGGGAUUGACCCCCAACGAGAAACACACAUUGGAGAAAUUUUCCUCUUCGUUAGUCGUAACUGGCUCACAGGGGAUCGCGAAUGCUCUGAUAAUCAAACACCAGUGACAUUUUCAGAUGAUACCCUACCAGGUCUACACAAGGUAAUAUUUGCAAAAAUUGCUGAAAAGCUCAUCAGUCAGCAUCAGGAUAUUUUAUGUCGCCGAUUGGACCAAAUACUGGAACUUGUUAAUCAACUGAUCGAUAGUGAAAUGCAAUUGAAUAAGGGAAGAAAUAACAAGAUAGAUACCACCAAUCCUACCCUACAGUCAAUCGGCAACAUAGUUGAGAACUCCAAGAAAGGCUCGGAUCCUGCAGACACAGCCGAAUCACCCGAACCACUAUCUGCUGCACUCAGUUUGCUAUCCACUCUCUUAAUAUCUUCCGACUUGCAGAUUGGUGAUGAUAUGCGCCCAGUACUUGGGGUAACAAAAGUGAAAAUAGAUGAACUUCUUCCAUUUAUCUCUCCAACGUUAAAACAGCCAGCAACGACGGUAUCUACGCUUAUCGAAUUCGUUGUUGCUGGGGUUUUAACCCCAGAUAUUAGGAAGCCCAGGGAUAUACCCAGGCUACGGCAUGCGUCCGACAUAGAGGCUCAUCGGCAUGCUCUUGACAGCCUGAAUUCGCCGUUACCUCCAGUCCAAGUCGAGGGACUUUCGUUAUUAUCCAGACUAAUAAAGAAGGCAUCACCGGUUCUCGAUAUCCCAGCCACGCUGACGCUACUGUUAUCCGUAAUCCUAGAAGAUAGCUCUAACUCUAAUGAUGAGUUUGUCUACCUGAAUGUGAUUAAACUUAUCGGCAUUCUUGCCUCAAGACAUCCCAGCACAGCCAUAAGAACUCUUGCAGAGCGAUAUAAAGACAAUAAUGAAGACGCCACAUUAGACCAGAGACUUCGGAUCGGUGAGGCUCUUCUCAGGACUGUCCAGGAGCUAGGAGAUGCUUUGGUAGGCGAUACUGCCCAGUUCCUGGGAGAUACAAUGAUAGCAGUGGCUGGGAGACGAGGGAUAAAACCUAAAGCCAAUGAGAGGAGGAUUGGGGGUGCAGAAGGACAGGACCUAGAGAAUGAUCAAACCAAAAGGAACAUUGAAGGCCUGGGAGAGGAUGCUGCGGAUUUAAUAAACCAAAUGGGUCAGCACACAGAGACGGAGCCAGAGGAUCCAGUGAAAACCGCUCAUUCUAAUAAAAUUCUCCAGGCCUGGGCGUCUGGCGCGGCCUCAGAUGAAAACCCGGAUGACCUGCGCAUUCGUACCUCAGCCAUGUCUAUACUGGCAGUUGCCAUUCAAACGAAUUUAUCUGGCUUAGGGCAACAAGUCAUCUCCGCUUCUGUCGAUAUGGCACUUUCCACGCUGAAUUUAGAACCCGGUCCUGAAAACGCAAUCAUCCGCCGCGCGGCGAUUGUACUCCUCCUCGACAUAAUAAAGUCAUUAGACAAAGCUAUGGAGUUGGGUUCUGACCCGGGUUUCACUUUUUCGCAGUCCACUUCUGCCUAUGGCCCACGUGUUGACAUCACAAAGACUACGAUUGGAAAUAUUCCUGACAUCCUUCGAGUUCUGAAUUUCAUAGAAAGCAAAGAAACAGAUAUGAUUGUUCGUGGACAUGUACGAAUACUGAUCGAGAGCUUAGAGGUAUGGACUGAAAAAUCGAUUCUACGUGGCAUCGGCGCGGGCGCCCAACCCCAAUUGGAGCUUGGUGAUAGACUUGCCGGUUUGGAUAUUGAUCCAUUUUCCAACACAUCUGGAAUCAGAAGACGCCCCCAGAUUGAAGAAAUAGAAUAG